GGAUGGAUGGAUAUGCCAGCUCCUUCCCCAAGAUGAGUGAGGCCAUCAGGCAGCGGCUGGAAGCUCCAUCACACGAGUCUCUUGUGGGAUUUGGUGCACACCAGCAUUGCACCUAUAAGGAGCUUUACGAGUCCAAGGACAGGGAGAAGAGGAGCUAUCCAGUGGGUUAGCAAUCAGCCGUGCAAGCCAGGGACUAAAAUGGAUGCACUGAAGUACAUCCAGACGAGGGAUGCACAGCAGGCCCUGCCCAGCUCUGUGCCCUCCGAGGUCCCCCUUGCCAUUCCGGGCUCCAAGGAGGCGCCUACCACAGCUCCUGAGCCCUCAGACGCAGAGCUCAUGGCCUGUGCAGUGGAGCAUGAGACGUCAGGACGUCCCCCUUCCACAAGCCUGGAAGGCCCAGCUCCCAAAGGAGCAGCACGAGUGGCUCAGCCGCGCCCUGUUUAGGAGGAAUAAGGACGGAAGGCCCGUUCUUAUUGACUCCUUGCAGUUGUGGUGGCACCCGCCCGCACCACGCCCUGUGUUCCACCAGCCGCCAGCUUCACCUGCCCCCUUCACCCGCCCCUUCUUCCUGUGGAUGCCCUACCGCAUUUGGUCGUUCAGGCUCCUGUGCAGGCAGCCCAACUGUCACCGGACCGGGCAGCAUCUGACGUCCUGCAGCCUGUACAAGACGGUCAGGAGGGUGCUGGACAUAGACGGCUGGUACUUCAUGGCCACGGAGUACCUGGAAUGCCGUCUGUGUAAGAAGAAGGUGGUGGGCUGGUCACGGGACGUCUUGGAGCAGCUGGACCCUGCGCACUGUGCAGAGUUUCCGGCCAUCCUGACGUAUAGGUAAGCAUUUCUCCAUUCGUGAUGCGUUGGGAUGCAAACAUCUCGGAGCCCCAGUGUCUGAUAGUCUCUUAUCUGGCAGAUUGGCCGCUUUGAUCUGCUGUGACCAUUUGCUGGAUUGCUACUUGUGAAGUCGUU